AUGGGUGCCCUGAAUCAGAAGAAAGGCGAUAUUAUCGACAUCAUUACCCCUACCGAUUCCGCUGAAAGACUUAUUCACCAACACGGCCUCGAUCCUAACUUCCCCGCUGGUGCCCUCGAGCGUCUUAAGGAGUUCCUCUCCAAUGCCGAUAUCUUCGCCAACCCAGACUCGCACACUCACGAGAUCUCUGAAGCCAAGAUCGAAGUCUCCCUCUUGACAAUCAACAGCCCCUACGCCGAGGUUCGCGCCGUAGUUGAUUCGCAUGACGACGUAAACCUUCCCGUGAGCACGAUUCGCGCCUGGACUAUUGGCCUAUUUUUCGUUGUCUUCAUUGCGUUCAUCAAUCAACUUUUCAGUGUACGCCAGCCAUCGAUAUCUCUCCGUGCUGAGGUGGUCCAGUUGUUAGCGUAUCCUGUUGGAAAAGCCGCGGAGAGAUGGCUUCCCGAUAUCGGGUUUACGUUGUUCGGAGUCAGACAUAGUCUUAACCCUGGACCGUUCAACAAAAAGGAGCAUAUGCUUAUCUCGAUUAUGGCGAGUGUUGGGAAGACGUUACCGAGUUCUAGAUACAUUAUCUUUACCCAGUGGAUGGAUCGGUACUUCGGUCAAAAAUAUGCCAAGUCAUUCAGCUAUCAAAUUCUGCUGGCCCUAUCAACUAACCUGAUGGGCUUUGGUUUGGCUGGUAUUUGCAGAAGAUUUCUAGUGUACCCAUCUUUCUGUCUGUGGCCGGCCUCGCUGGCCACAAUUGCACUGAACAGCUCUCUCCAUAACGAGGCAAACCAUCCAGUUCCUGGACCCUUCAAGAAAAUAUACAACAUGUCCAGAUACCGUUUCUUCUUGGCCGCAUUUGCCGCCAUGUUUGUCUGGUUCUGGUUCCCCGACUACAUCUUUGGUGCCCUUUCACUAUUCAACUGGCUGGCGUGGAUCGCACCCAACAACUUUACUCUGACCGCCAUCACUGGAGUCAAGAAGGGCCUGGGCUUCAACCCUCUGCCCACUUUCGACUGGAACGUUGCAACUCACGUAGUACAGCCUCUUGUAGUUCCUUUCCGCGUCACGCUCAAUACCUUUGUUGGCGUCUUCUUGGGUGGCAUCACGAUCAUCGGGCUCUACUGGACUAAUGCAUACAACACCGCGUAUCUUCCCAUCAACUCAAAUCUGAUGUACAACCACUUUGGUGGCUCGUAUAACGUCUCCAAGGUCCUUGACAGCCGUGGGUGGCUUGAUGAGGCCAAGUACCAAGCUUACUCACCUGUCUACCUAGCUGCUAGUAGCAUUACCAUGUACUACUACUUCUUUGCUGUUUACGCGGCUACAGUUUCGUAUGCGAUUCUGUUUCACCGACAUGAUAUUGCUCUUGGGUUCCGGAGUUUGAAGCGCAGCUUCAAGAAGGAAGCCUCGAACGACUUCAAAGAUGUCCACACGAGGAUGAUGUCCAAUUACCCCGAAGUACCCGAAUGGUGGUAUCUCAUUCUCAAUGUGGCUGCCAUCGCUUUUGGUGUAGCUGCCGUUGCUGCAUGGCCAACCGAGACUAGCGUCGGUGUCGUUUUUUUCGGUAUCGCCCUCGCCCUUGUCUUUGUCAUUCCGACUGGUAUCAUCUUCGCUACCACUGGAAUGGAGGUCGAGUUCAACGUUCUCGCCGAGUUUAUUGGGGGUGCUUGGGAGCCUGGCAAUGCUCUCGCUAUGAACUUCUUCAAGUGCUUCGGCUAUGUCACAACGGCUCACGCACUCGACUUUGCCAACGACCUUAAGCUGGCGCACUAUCUCAAGAUUCCUCAGCGCCACACCUUUGCCGCUCAGGUUGUGGCCGUCUUCGUUUCGGCAUUCGUAUGCACUGGCGUCAUGAACUUCCAGAUCGAGAACAUCCCUGAUCUCUGCUCCACGAACCAGAAAGACCGGUUCACUUGCCCUGGAGUAAACACUUACUUUACAGCUGCUGUGCUGUUCGGGAGCCUGGGUGCACGCAAGGUUUUCGGCUCAGGCGGUAUCUACACCGCGCUGUUGUCGGCAUUCCCCGUUGGCUUUGCUGUACCGUUCAUCUUCUACUACUUUCAGAGAAAGUUCCCUAGAACACAUUGGUUCUCGAAGAUCCAUCCCGUCAUGAUCCUCAGUGGUGGUAUCAGCUGGUCUCCCUACAACAUUGCUUACAUGUGGCCUGCUGUUCUUCCUGGUUGGUUGAGCAUGGUGUACUUUCGGCAGCGCUACCUCGCCUUUUGGUCCAAAUACAACUACGUCUUGUCAGCGGCGUUUUCGACAGGUAUUGCCAUUGCCGGUGUCAUCAUCUUCUUUGCCGUCAGUUUUCACGGGUUUGAGAUACACUGGUGGGGCAACGACUCAGAAAGCGGAUGCGAAGCCACGACCUGCACACGUCUAGAGUUGCCCAAAGGCGAGUACUUCGGACCACGGAUUGGAACUUACGCAGCCUGA